CGUCAAAUUAAUCCCAGCAAACUUCAGCCUCCGGUAUAACUCAAAUGUGCCUUUAUUGGAUGAAGAUCACUUCAGUGCCAUUGUACCAAGUAGUUUCUCUCAAAGCACUGUGACAGAACAAGGAAAAGAACAUCGGGAGGAGACAUUUUAGAAGUCCCAUUUGUUCUUCAACUUUUUGCUUCCUUCGUGCAGAAGGGAGAACCACCGCAUUCAGCCAUUGAGGGGCAACUAUUUCAAAGCAUCUCGAACCACAGGCAAAUGGGUAAGCUUGCGUUAACAUCUGCACGCUUCAGUGAAAGAAAGCUUAUGGAAGCAUAACCGUGCUUAACACGCCUGCAUAACGCCAGAAAUAACCAUAAAGUUGAUUUCGGGAUGUAGAUAAAGUGGACAGACACAUCCCUUUCCAGAACGAAUGGAAAGAUAGUUUACAAGACAGGCAUGUGAUCUUUUCCGAUAUGCCAAUGUAAACUAUUCAUAAUCUGGGAGUUCAUUUCAAUGGUUGAUUAAAUGGAUAGUUAAUGUAAAGGUCAUGAAAUUAAUUGACAUAAAACUUAAAAAGUGUCAAAAGUGUCACUAAGAUCCAGGGUAAGUUAAAUGUAGCUUCCUGAUGUGAAUAGUAAUAACAACUUGCAUUAGCACUCAUUGUCCACGGUUAAAUUUACUGUGUGUAUGGAGAGCAUGAAAAUAGUUUUGUCUGCUUUUCAUGAUAGUUGAAUAUGUCCAUGUAUAUUCAUUCCCUGCAGAGCAAACCUAUGGCGAGGUGAAUCAGUUGGGUGGUGUAUUCGUUAAUGGACGACCCCUGCCCAACGCCAUACGACUGCGGAUAGUGGAGUUGGCCCAGCUCGGGAUCAGACCCUGCGAUAUCAGUAGGCAACUUCGCGUCUCCCACGGCUGUGUGAGCAAGAUACUAGCACGAUACAAUGAAACGGGUUCCAUUUUACCCGGUGCCAUCGGGGGGAGCAAACCACGCGUUACCACACCGAAUGUGGUGAAGAACAUAAGGGAUUACAAACUAGGUGACCCGGGGAUCUUUGCCUGGGAGAUCCGGGACAGGCUUCUCGCUGACGGAGUUUGUGACAAAUACAACGUGCCCUCAGUAAGCUCCAUCAGCCGGAUUUUACGGAACAAGAUUGGAAAUCUUUCCCAGCCGAACCAGUAUGAGAGCAGCAAGCAAGCCCCCACACAGGCCGGCCUCUCUUACAACCACAUAUACCCCUAUUCAUACCCCAACGCUAUGUCACCCAAUGGCAAAAUGGGCAGCGGUCCCGGAGUACCCGUGACGGCCGGGCAUGUAAGCAUAUCAAGAGCCUGGCCGUCAGCGCACACUGUCACCAACAUUCUGGGUAUCAGGGCCUUCAUGGAUCAUCAAGGUGUGUAAUAUUGAAUCAAUUUUCCAGACAAAUGAUUGCGUGUUGAUCUAUAUGGCACCAUGCACACCCAGUUAUAACCCAUUUUCCAAUAAUUGUCCAAGUACAUUUGGGGUCACUGGUUCAAGCUAUUUGACGUGCUGUUCAGUUCAUAACUCAUUCCAUGAUGAAUGAUCUAUACAUCCAGUUUUGACGUUAGUUCAUCAGGGUGGAAAUUUGCCCUAUACACCUUUUUAGGCCUGGGUUUGGUGCCUCACAAGGAAAACAACUUACUCUGUAGGCCUACUCACUCGUGCCUGUAGGCAAACACCUUGCUUAGACAAGGAUACUUGUUAAAGCCUCCUCGUUCCCCGUGGGACCUAAGGUCAAUAUAAGGUCCUACUUGUCAUGUUCUUAGUGAUGUGUUGCCUCUAGGCCCCAGAUGGAUUGUUAGCCAUGGCAUGGCUGCAGCUCUGCCAUCAAAUAAACUAAUUAAGUUAGCAAGUAGCCUAGCAUGUAGCCAAUUUUGAAAGGGCAUAAUUGUGGCACAUGCUUUUAGAACGAUGCGAUAUAAUAAUCGAUCCAUUCUAUGUGGCAUUGACAAUUUAUACUUAAUAUAAACGUGUGAUAGCGUCGUUGCAUUUCUCCCCUUUCCUAUAGAUUACUGACGAACCCUAUAUAAAGUUCUGGAUUCAGAAACAAAAACAACAGGCCUUGAUUGGAUACGCACAAUUUGGCACACUAUUCCUCUCUUUAAAACGUAUUGUUUUGAUAGCAUUUUAAGAAAUAUUGCCGAUAUAAUGUGCAAUAUUAAGUGGAAAAUGUCAUUUAGAUCCCAUUUAAUAUUUUAGCGUCCCUAAGGCUAGGCUACUGUGUUUAUAUUGGAUUAUUUGAUAGGCCUGGUUAUGAAUAGGCCUAUCUGAUCAACAAUAGAUCAGAGACAUUUGGACAGUUUCCCCCCAAUAAUCUGAUAUUAAAAGUGCAAUUUGCUGUUUCCUAAUCAGCUAUUGCUGGAGCAGAGGGAUAUCCACAGAAAAUGGAGGACUGGAGUAGUGUCAACAGAGCGACGUUUCCCUCUGCUCAUACAGUGAACGGAAUUGACAAAUCAGCCAUUGAUGCGGACAUAAAAUAUGCACAGGUAAAAACAACAAGGACUCCUAUGAAUGCAGAAGACUAGCUGCGGCCUGUAUCUACAGAGAGACUGGGCUCUAAGUGUAAUACAGUGUGUAUUGAAAGGAAUUAAUCUGUUUAAUAAAAGAUUGUUAUUCUCAAGUUGUUUCAAUUUUCCCCCCAAAAUUGCAACAUUUGCUCCAGCAUUUUUUAAAGCAGAUUAAUAUAAAUUGGGUUGAAUGGAUAUACAGGCCUACACACUUAGGCUAUGUCAUAGAUGUGCAAAUGUUUUCGUUCUGGGAAACCUAAAUCUGACAUAUUCUGUGUUUGUGUGUAUUUUCUUGCAGCCUUCAUCAACAUUAUCCAGUUAUGUGCCAGCGUGUGCCUACUCAUCUUCAAACCAGUACAGCGUUUAUAGUGGGCCAGGUAGCUAUGUGACCCCUGGACACCACUGGCAGUCCCAGAACUCGAGUUUGUCCCUCCCAAGCAGCGGCAUGACGAUGCACGCAGGAGACAUACACUCUUCAAUGGCGUUCAAACAUCCAUCGCGAGAAGGUAGGCAAGAAACUGUUUGAUAGUGUUCCAUUCUGAUCAAAACUGCGAUAACGUAAUUUUAGCGUAAUUUGAACAUCACUGGCAGCUGACUCGUUUCCCUUCAAUUUUCCUUAAUCUACAGAAAAAAUAAAUCGUUAAUUUAAAUUAAAUGACAGGGUGUAAAAUACAAAUUAUGUUAAUAUUGUCUUAUUUUAAAUGUCUUUAUAUAGCCUAUUCACACAACACACACACACACACACACACACACACACACACACACACACACACACACACACACACACACACACACACACACACUUAUUAGGCUACCAUUAAUCUAGCAGCAGUUGUUUAAUUGUGGAAAUUAAAUUAUGUUACUGUCAAGCCCCACAAUAAUUAUCAUGGAGUACGAAUAAUGGGGGACACAAAUCUAGGGUAUUAGUGCAAAAGCAAUGUAGGCCUUCAUUUGCAAGUGGUCUCGAAAUUGUAGCAGCCUAAAAUGUUGAUGUAGCUUGCCUUAAUGGCGUGGACCUAUAGUGAAUAUAUGUCGAUGUCAGAUAAAUACGAACUAUUUUAGGCUGAGAUAGGCCUAAAUAGGUGCUUGAACCAAGUGAUCUCGGCUGAAUGAUCUCCGCCCUUAUACAGGUAUUCUAGCCAUGCUUCGAUUAAAACGUUUUCUUUUGGUAUUUAUAUUUUAAUUUCAAACUAAAUGAUAAAGUAAAAAAAGGUGUUCUAAAAAGUUUGUUAUUAACCUACAUUUACAGAUGAUAUGGCGUUGACGAAAAUUAUGCCUAUGCAUGGAUAGAUUCGAGGAUGAAUGAGGUGUGAACCCGAGAAGACGGAAUUUGAACGUUAUAUUGCAGCUUGCGAUAAAUGUUGUCAGUAAGUUCAUGAAAAGUGUAGGCCUAAAAUUUAAAUGGCAUGUGACGUUUAAAAAAGGAAAAUAAUAAUUGCGUCAAAUAAUGUAUGGAUAAUUUAAAUAUGGUGUCAAAUGAAUAGCCUUAUAGCCUAACAUUGACUAUUAUUAAUAUUAUUAUUAUUAUUAUUAUUAUUAUUAUUAUUAUUAUUAUUAUUAUUAUUAACCUAUUUUGUAUUUAAAUGUUGCAUGCAUGGUGUAGUCUUACUUUCAGGACUGUAGGCUAUAGGCCUAAGAGAAUAUAUAUAUAUAUAUUUGUAUAAAUAUUGCCAUUCUUUCUGUGUUUUGCUGAAGUAAAGAGUAAUGUGUGCUUGUGUGCUAUACAAACGUCUCCUGUUUGUGUUCUGCAGGAGACAGAAAGCCCACCAGUCCACUAAGCAAGCAGCAGCAGCACGAGGCGUUGAGCAGUGUACACGGACUCAAUCUCCCUACCUCGUCCUCGUAAGCCAGGGAGCUCGUGCCCCAAACCGAGGACUCAGAACUCACAAUAGGCCUAGGUAACGAGCUGCAGACCCUGCCUUACCUAAUUGAAUGCAUUUCAAGAAUUCAAACAGUAAGUGGAAGCACUAUUUAUGAUUUGUUGCCUAAGUGUUAAAUAUUGAAUGGGCCCUUAUAGCCUAACGUAUAUGCAUACAAAUGUAUCCAACCAUAGAUGACCUACAGUCGGUCUAUGGCCUUGUGAAUGUAAACUUAUGAGGACUUAUGUCCUCAUGCAGUGGAGGUGGUGGUUGGUGGUUUGUCAUCUGUUCAUUUAAAUAACCUACUUCAUGUAUAUUUCUGUAAAAUACAGGAUUUAAAUCCAAUAAUGUCUGUCAUUGAUGUUUCAUUAAACAAGAUUGCUAUAGUCUAAAUAAGGGGUAGCAUUGACAGCUGAACUGUAUCCUGUAUAUGCAAAACAUUAUAUUUUCUUGAUUGGUUUCAAAUCUGGUUUCUGCAUGCAAACUCAACGAUGUGAACAAAGUGAUAAAUUGUAAAUGUAAAAUAACUGCAAAAGCUUUAAUUAUAUAUUUUUUAUAAAUCCAUUGUAAAUAUUCUAAAUAAAGG